AUGAUUGGUGUAUCACCUGAACCAUAUAUUGAUCUUAUUGUCAAUCCAUUCAAUACAUUACAGUGGAAUCAACUUUCACCUGGUAUUCCAUUGAAAGCAUCCGUUUUUAAACAAUAUUCAACGAAUCUUCUUAAUUAUCUUCGGCAUUGCUAUUUGACUCCAUUAUCAUAUAAAGAUCACCUAGAAGCUCAACAACAGGCACAUAUUGCUAGAUCAAUUCGAACGUUAAUUAAAGAAAAAAGUCUAAUUAUUCGUCUUACUGAUAAAAGUCAUAAUUUUUAUAUUGGUUCAGCAACUGAAUUUAACAAAAAGGUACAACAUUUUUUCGCUGAUACAAAUGCUUUUAUGGAGUUGCCUGAAAAUCCAUUUAAUGAUAUUGCAAGCAAAGUCAUUCAAUUCCUUAAUAGACUUCGUGGAAAAGACCUUAUUCGGAAAUGGCACUAUGAACAAAUGAUGCCUGAUCGAACUAAGUGUCAAUUAGCUCAUUUAUAUUUUAAUCCUAAAACACAUAAGGAUAACAUACCCGUUCGACCGAUUGAAAAUACUAUUCAUACUCCAACAACAAAUAUUUCAAAAUUUUUAGAUAAAACAUUACAACCUAUAUUCAAUGACAAAUGUAAAGAAACAAAUAUUAUUGAUGGUGCUUCUCUCAUUGAAGGACUUCAUAAAUAUAUUCGAAAAGGUCUCUUUAAAUCAUCAACUCUUUUUUGCACAUUUGAUAUUCAUAACUUAUACACAAUGUUACCACAACACGAAUCCAUUGAAAUACUUGGUGAAUUUCUUGAAGUACUUGGAUAUACAAAAGUCAAAGGAAUUGAUGUUACUACAAUAAAAGAAUUAGCAACAAUUGUAUUACAAGAAAAUGUUUUUGUCUAUGACAAAAAAAGUUUAUAA